AGAUAGAUUUGCUCUCCCUCCGAUUGACAAAGUUUCUCUCUCUCUCAAAAUACGGACGGAACCCCAAUCUUUGUGGCUGGCUCUUGGUGCAUCAUCGUUGAAGACAAGUGGACGCCCAACUGGACCGACCAGGUCAUUCUCGCUUUUCACUCCUGCCCACAUCUCACUUCCCAUUUCUCCCACCCACCUUUCAUCCUUAAUUCUCUCUCAGGGUUUGACAGACUAUUUCGGGAGGUAUAGAUCUGGUGCGGUCAUCAUCGAUCACCAUGACUGGUACUGGCCAGUUGAUCUCUGUUCAUCCCGACGAGCUCAACUUUCAGUUUGAGCUGGAGAAACAGAGUUAUUGUGAUCUUAAAGUUGCGAACAACACUGAACACUGUGUUGCAUUCAAGGUCAAAACCACUUCGCCGAAGAAGUACUUUGUACGACCAAACACUGGUGUUAUACAGCCAUGGGACUCGUGUUUCAUAAGAGUCACCCUUCAAGCUCAAAGAGAAUACCCUCCGGACAUGCAAUCCAAAGAUAAAUUUCUGCUACAGAGCACCAUUGUGGCUUCACAUACCGAGGUCGAUAAGCUUCUGCAAGAUACUUUUACUAAGGACAGUGGAAAAGUAGUAGAGGAAUGCAAGCUUAGGGUUGUCUAUCUGUCUCCUCAAGCAGCUUUAGGAAAUUCAGAAGAUGAAGCAUCGAAGGACUCCAAACGAAAUUUGGAUAGCAAUUCCGCUUUGCAGCAUCUCAAAGAUGAAAGGGAUACAGCUGUGCAACAAACACGACAAUUGCAACAGGAACUGGAAAUGCUUAAGAGACGGAGGGACCGGAAAAGCGACGCUGGCUUCUCCUUCAAAUUUUCAGUUCUUGUUGGACUCAUUGGAAUCAUGGAUGUGAAUACUUUUUAGCACACCCACACCUGUCCAGAAGGCCAUUUGUGCAAAUAACUUUCCACCCAGACUGCCAGACAUAGGCCUGCAAAUGCAAAUGAACUGAGUUGUUCGUAAACUGUUCGAAGCUCGAAUUGGUGAAGGCUUGUCGUUCGUAUUCGAUUCGGGUACUAAACGAACCAAACAUAAGCCUCAAUUUUUGGCUCGUUUAAUAAGUGAGCCGAACUUAGAACCUAACACGCGAACCUGGAGUGUGUGUGUGUGUGUGUCUAUGUAUAUGUGUGUAUAUACAGUAUUUCCUAAGAAUUUUGUACGUAACCUUGAAUAUGUAUAUCUACUAG